AAAUCAAUCGUAUUCUCCAUUUCCUGCUACUGUCGAAUCUCUCGAUUGAUUGGUCAACGGAUUUUCAGGUAUGAACAAACAUAUAGAGCUCAGUUACGUAGAAUAGACCUGCACAUUUUCAUUUUUUACUUUAAUUAAUAAUUUAAAGUGUUUCUUUUUAAGUAAUUAUGUAAAUGCGAUUACUUUCAUACUAUUUGCAGGCUAAAAUGAUUCAUAAGCGUCCUUACGUCGAUGACUCUCAAGAGGUUGCGUGCAAGCUACCAAGGCUUUGGGAAGAUGCCGUCGACUUAGCUCCAGAUCCUCAAAUUUCUGGUAAACGGGAGGACAUUUACAGUAUUUGUCAAGAUAAGGGUAGUUUCGCUGAAGAUCAAUGGAACAAGGUAUUAAAUGGAACCAGUAACGAAUAUGAAAGUAGUACCUCUGGUUGUGUUUCUCAUUUUUGGUGGGUAAACAGCACUGGGAUAGAUGCAAAUGCUGAUCAAGAGGUGGCGGUUCACCUUCCGUUGUUUCCGGAAUAUUUUGCGUCUGGGCGCCAAAUUCAGGAUCUUCUUCAUUCUAAUGAGAUCUAUCAAUCUAUUCUUUCUCCUCGAAUGCUAGUUUCUGUUGGACCAGAACAUCAAGCUGAUAUUCCAGAAUGGAGCCAACAGGAUCAGAAGAACUCUACAGAUUUUCUAGAUACGUCAGAUCCUCAAGUUGCCCUUAGAUCGUCAUGUGCAGGCCUUAUGGUAAAUGAUGAUUACGGGGAUAAGAUGAUAGGUUAUUGUGUCAUUCCAAUGCCUGAUUCUGAAGCAACUGCAAAGUUCCAGUGUGAAGACUCCGGACGCAGAACUGAAUGUGAAUGCCUUGAUCAGGGUUCUGUCAGAUGCGUUAGACAGCAUGUGAUGGAAGUAAGAGAGAAACUAAGAGAGAAUCUUGGGCAGGAAAUAUUCAGGGAGAUGGGUCUCUGUGAUAUGGGGGAGGAAGUUGCUAAAAGAUGGACCGAAGAGGAAGAGCUGGCAUUUCAUAAUGUUGUCCUCUCCAACCCUGUGUCAAUGGGUAAGAAUUUCUGGGAUCAUCUUUCUGCGGUCAUCCCUUCCCGUGCGAAGGAGGACUUCAUUCGUUAUUAUUUUAAUGUCUUUAUGCUCAGAAAGCGAGCUCAGCAGAACCGCAUCGACCCCGUAAAUGUUGAUAGUGAUGAUGAUGAGUGGCAGACUAUUGAAUAUGAAAAUCAAGCGGAGGAUGACAACUCCGCUGUUGAAUCUCCAGUUGGUCAAGGAACUGCUGCACAUUUUGGACACUGCCAUGAGGAAGAUGGUCACGUGGACAUUGAGGAUGACAACGAGGAUGGGGUUGAUUCUUCUGAAAAUGUCGCCGGUGAUAUCUGUAGAGCUGCAAUCAAUGAAGAAGACAAGGGAGAAAGUUUCAUUAGCGAUUAUAAUAGCAAUGACUUCCAGCUUUCGAGUAAGAUUCAGGGGAAUAAUGAAGAUGAUUAUGAUAUUCAGGACGACUCGUGCACAUUAUACGAAUAUCAGAGGGAGGAGGUUGAAUGUUGCGGCUUGCACGAGGCAGUGAUGGAUGAAAAUCAACCCAGUCAAGAAUGAUGUAGCUUCAUGGUCAAGACAGUAUAAAUGGGUUGACAAAAGGAACUCCUGGAGAACAUGAUUCUUGCAAUCAGAGCACUUGGAUGUUAAUACCAUAGUUGAGGACUUGCGUUUUUUUAACCCUGCAAUGGUGAAAUGUGAGUGCUUGUAUCCAAGAAAAUCUGAAAAAUUCAAGGCUUGCGAUGGGUAGGAUAUCACCUGUCAAAUUCAAGCUGCUUUUGUUUGGUGGGAUAGUGUGGAUCUUCUGUUAAAAAUAAAUGUUAAGUUACCAGUUAGAACAUCUGCACUGCAUGUAGGAGCUGUGUUGCACGGUGGUGGUUCUUAGGAGGCUAGCAUCCAUGGGAGCAUAUGGGACUCAUUGUAUUUUGCAUUCGGUUUGUCCUCUUCAGUAGGAUGAUCAAAAUUUGAUCCAAUUCUAAAAAGUAUUUUUGUUUAA